AUGGCAAGUUCAAUGACGCCAGUCAUUUCAAUCACUCGUUCUCGUCGAUGUUCUGUCAGUUCACCUCUCAGGUAUGUAUCCGUUUUUCCCUCAUUUUUCACCUGUUUUUCGGGUUUCCAAGGUGAAACAAACUGGCGUGUGCACUUUAUUUUUCAUAUACAUUAUAUCAUUUUUCGUUCUCCACAAAAAACACAUAAAUUGUGUGUGUGUGUUUUUUUGUCAAACACGCAACCGGAUAAUUUAUACCGGAUUAAAAGUAUGAGUAUUGCAGCCUAGAUACUUUUUAUUUUUUGCAGGUUCACUCGAACAUUUUCCGAAGAUUCACUGGAUUCAUUGGAAAAGAAUGGUCGUAAAGAAUUGAGGCUUCGUCAAAGGAUAAUAAUGGAAAAAGAAGGAGGAGAACAGGUAGGCAAGGGAGAUAUGAGUUAAUGAGAUGGAACUAUUCGUUGGCAUUUUCCAAAAAAUAUAUAUAUUUCUUUCAUAUUAUAUUUUUGAGCUAAACGAAAAUGUUGAAUUGUUUCAAAUCUUCUGAACCACGAACUCGUCCAAGAUCUCAAUCUAGAUCAAGACCUAGAUCUAGAUCAACUCCCAGACCCAAACCAAAAUCUAAAUCUCAGGAGAAACAAAAGCUCAGCCCUUUGUGUCAUACAACAUGUCCUCAUUUGGGACAAAUGGGUCGAUCUCGCACUGAAUGUCCAGAAACUGAUGCGUUGAGAUUACCAUUAACUGUAAGUUCCGGGAAGUGGUUAUGGAUUUAAUUUGAUUUCUUUUUUCAGUCUCAAAGAUCAGCUGGUGAUUUAUCGUGCCCACCUUCGCCAACAAGAAAGAAUCUGAAUGAUGUUAUUGGUAAGUAGUCUAGAUACAAAUAGAUUGAUUCAGCCUGAAAAUCUGAAUAUUCAGGACUUACCCCAUAUCAACAAAAACUGUUGACUCAAUGCUGGCCAAAUAUCUAUUCGACUGGUGCAAAUGGUCAAUUUGCUUCCAGUCUUUAUUCAACUCUUUGUAAUAGAAAUGCAAAAGCUCGUCAACUUCUCGCAAAAGCAAAUGGUGUUGCUGUAUUUGCAAAUAGUGAUAUGGAUUGCACUGCAAUGCAUUGUAGAUCAACUGUUGAUUUACUUGAUGCAAUAAUUCGGAAUCUUGAAACUGAUCAUAAUCGCAUAACAUCUUACAUUUUUGAAAUCGGUCGACAACAUCGAAAUUUGAGAGGAGAAGGUUUGGGCAAUGCGGUUUGGGAUGAUUUGGGAGACACAAUUAUGGAUUGUGCAAGAAGAUCAGAUGCUGUUAGAAAGCAUAAAGAAUUACGAAGAGCAUGGCUGGCAGUUAUUGCGUAUAUCACAGACAACUUGAAACAGGUAAUAGAUACAACAAAAUCAAUGAGAAAUAUUUUCAUUGUUUUUUUUUUCAGGGUCAAAGUAUGACUCGUGCAAAUUCAAGUCACGAUUUGGCAAUGUACGAUCCACCAAAAUCGCCCUGCAUCAAGAAAAAUUCCGGAAAUUUCAGUUGA